UCACCACCAGGGCUAUGAUAUCCUAUAAAGUGUUAUCGUAGAUUCCUUGAUGGACAUGUGUGGUUUGGCUUCGCCGUUGCCUCUAACGCGGGACCGUACAAGCCUCUGUUUCUUUAACGGGUUAUAUCGAUUUUCCUUGUGUCAGUUGCAAAAUCCUGCGAAAUCUUCAUUGCCCAUUUGCAGUUACAGCUCAAUUGGUGGCCUGAACGUGUUUUUAUCAGCUGGUUUGUCCUCCACAUCUGGUUUCUGGGAUUUCAAAAGGAGACGGAGAAGGGAACGGUGCAUUACAAGGGCUAGUCGUAGAGAAUCUCCUUAUGAAGUUUUAGGUGUGUCCCCAUCUGCAUCUAGCGACGAAAUCAAAAGGGCUUAUCGGAAACUAGCUCUCAAGUUUCAUCCUGAUGUGAAUAAGGAGGCGAAUGCGCAGGAGAAAUUUAUGAGAAUUAAACACGCCUACAACACAUUGCUGAGUUCAGAAUCACGUAGGAAAUAUGAUUAUGGGAACCGUGAUUCCAAUUAUUCCUAUUCAUCAACUCAAAGAAGUAGAGUUUCACAAGAUGAAGAAGAGUUCUAUGGCCUUGAGGAUUUAUUCAAAGAUCUUCAAGAAGAAUUUAGGAACUGGGAAGCUACUGCCUCCAAAGGAAAACCAAAAAGUCUUUGGGAGGAAUUAGCAGAAAUUGGAGAAGAAUUUGUGGAAUUUCUUGAGAAGGAACUCAAUAUAUCAGAUGAUGAGGACAAAACAGAUAAUUACAAUACAGGGCCUCAGAAAGGCAAUCCUUCAAGAAGUCCUGGGACAGAGAAAAUGGAAGGUGAAAUUCGAAAUGAGGCAGGAAAAGGGAGCACCAUUGAGGACAACAUUGAUGAGAUAGAGGCUACCCUUGCUCAGUUAAAAAAAGAAUUGGGUUUGUAAAGUAUUAGAAAUUUUAUUAUUUGCCACUUUUAUAACAUCCAAGAAAGUGAAUUCUCAGCUCUAAACAACACAAUCGAUUGCUGUUUUGGCCAUAAUAGAAGGAAACGUUACUACAUCUACAAAAUCUGUUUGAUUAGCUCAUUGUUGUAGCAAAAUCAGAAAAAUAAGCAUUAAAACUGUAUCGAGCCAGUAAGCUGUCUAAUCUGUUUGAUUAGCUAAUUGUUGUAACAAAAUCAUAAAAUAAGCAUUGAAACUGUAUCGAGCCAUUCAGCUGUCUGUGUAAAGUGGGGACAAUAACAUUCUAGAACAGCAAAAUCUUAUGUGGCUUUAAAAAAACAAAGGUUAGUCCGUGAUGAAGAUUAAAAGUAAAGCAAAUUUAUUAAGAAAAUUUUUCAUUC